AUGGUUAACGUGCAAUUUACCACGAGGCCAAACUCAUCUUCGCCUUCAUCCGCGAAUGCUGUCGAAGCAAGGGCAACCGAAGCUGGCGGUUCAAGUUCCUCUAUCUCCGACUCUUCUUUCCUUAACACCCCUCCUAAAGCUGCCACCGCUGCCGCAAACAACGACUUUGAAGUCAAUACUGAGUCCGAAGUCGAGUCUCAAGUCAACACCGAGUCCGAGGUCAAAGGCGCGCGAGUCUUCGCGUGCUUGCCGAAAUUGGCACCCGAAAUCAGACGCAUAGUAUGGAAGGAAACAUCUUCUGUUAGGCGAGUUGUUGAUAUUUGUGCAACGCAAAGUCCGAUCAUCGGAGCGUCAGAAUUGGUGUAUGACCUCUGUAUUAUGCAGUUAUGGACGAUUUUGAAAAGAAACCUCCAUAGAUGCACCACAUCGCGUUAG